AUGCCAACUAUGGAUGAAUUAGCUAUUGGCUCAUAUAGGGAUCGCUCGCCAUCCCUUCCUACUAUUCCUCUCGACGAUAUAUUUCAGCAUCUUCCUAUCCAAAGCGUCCUGGCACUACGGCAGGCUAUCACCCGUCUGCGCAGUCUGUGGGCUCUCCUUCUGCGGACUCUUGUCCAGGAACAAAACAUCCCUAUACCCUACUUCUAUGGAAAAUCCCUUGAGUCUUUGUCAGCCUUAGAGCUCGAGCGGCGUACAUGUCGUGCACUCGCUCUUCGCAGAAACUGGACUAACCCUAAUCCGAAUGUGAAGAGGGAAAUUGAUUUUGAAGAGCCCUCCGAGAAGGAUUUGUACAUUUUCUUUAUGGAGUUUCUCCCUGGCAAAAGAAAUCGUUGGUUUAUUUCUGUUGCGACUAGGGUGGUAGGCCAAUUUCGCCUACAACGCGUUAUCCAGUGCUGGGACCUUGCUGUCCUACAACCCGUGUGCAUAGCAAAAUUGACAUACAUGGAAGGGCCAUACGACCGUGUUGUUAUCAAUGACGAUCCCUCUUCUCCAGCCAUGAUAGCGAUCCAGUCAUCACUAACGGAAAUACUCACAAUCGACUUCGAAGAGAAAAACCCCGAGUCAGCAUUCGUUCCGCUGAGUACCAUUGAUGGACUUAGAGAGAUUCACCUACUCAGUGAGAGCACACUCGUCACGAGGCGUCCAGAAGACGACGGGGAAGUGAGCAUAUGGGACAUCAGUGAUCAGCCUUAUGAGAAAAUCCAGUUGGUGAGCCCCUCGCUAUCACCGUUCCAUUACUGCGAAGCUAUGCAUCUCUGUGACGAUUACAUAGUAAUCAUCCGCCGUCAGAUUGUCGAGCUCUACUCCACCAUUCCCCGACCCAACAACCUUGCAACGCCGGGAGUGUCAAUCUCGUACCCACUCGCACAGCACAACUUUCAACGGCUCAUAGACUCCGUCUACAUGUCAGGGCAAGUCAACUGGCAUGCUGCGCGCUCGCGCCGCCCCUCACCAAUCAACAUUGUCGUUCGUUUUAGAAGCACCAAUCUCUGGCCGGUGAACACGUUGUAUCUUUUCGUACUUACGCCAAAUCCCGCGUACAUUCCAGGACGAGAGACUUCUCUAUAUAACCUUCCAUAAGUGGCACAGCCCACUCUAGUGCAGACGAUAGGCUCACCAGUGUUUUCAUUUCGAACGUCGGACGUUGCUCUAGGACGAUAUGGUACUGUUAUCUGGCUUGACAAC